CAAAAUUCACCAAUCAAAUGAUUGAUGCGUUCUUUACUACCUUUUUUACAUAAUUCUAACAGGUCUGGUCUGUAAUGGAAAUGACUGGUAUGUGUGCGUGGAAUAAGAUUUUCUCCAGACAUCUUUGUAGUAACUAAAAUAAGAAAAAGAGCAGUAGGACAAUACAAUGAAGCGGAUCCAUGUCUUUGUAUACGAUUCCAAUAUUUUUAUUCUUUACUACUCUUCCUGCUUAAUCCAUAUUUUUCAGGUGUAAGAUUUUAAAUAAAUUUUGAUAUGAAACAUCUCACUUUAGAAACCAGCCUCUAGUGUUCUUUUGAAGAACUUCCGGGUUUGCGACAAAUUUGGAAAACCAUAACCACGCCCACAUACCCGCCUGUCAGUCAAAAGCUGGAAAAGGUAAACAGUCUGGAGUUUUUUUAAAUAUAGUUUUUUAAAAUUAAAACAUUAAUAGUCAGAAUAAGACAGAGGGAAGGAAGAAGGGAGACAUGUUUUCACAGCCGUGGGAGGAGUCGCCAUUUUGAUUUGUUAGCUGCUACUAGCUGCUAGCAUUGAUAGAAGAACAAACGGAAACGCAGCAGGCGGGAAAAAGAGCAGACAGUCCGGCUCCAUGAAUGUGGGAAAGAGCAGCUGCUAUUCCCAUUGUAAUCCCUGAAGAGGAUCUUGGAUGAGAAGAAAAGACGAUGCAAAGUCCCUCUCCCUCGGAUAGGCGGCGCAGACGUGGGCAGAGUGAGGGGUAUAGGAGGAGCGGCGAGGGUCGGUGGAGGAGUGUGUUUGUGUGUGAGGCGGGCAGACAGCAUGGUCUGAGGACGGGCGCAGGGAUCUCCACUCAGCACCUCCCCACCUUCAGUGCUCAGCAGGACAGCAGCUCCAGCAGAGAAGCAACAGGAGGAACGCAAACAGGUGUCUGCGGGCUUUUUUUUUUCUUCUUUGGGGGGGUUUGGGAGUGGGCUCCGGGCUGGACCGCAUGCAUGACACAACGCAAAGGCGAGAAACCCACCAUCAGCAUCCAGGAGCACAUGGCCAUUGACGUGUGCCCCGGCCCCAUCCAACCCAUCAAGCAGAUCUCGGACUACUUCCCCCGGUACCCGCGGGGCCUCCCCGCCGCUGCGCCCCACGUCGGGCCACUGCGCUCCCCCCUCUCCACCCCCUCCACCUCUGUGUCCGCCGCCGAAAGUGAGCGCCCCAAUGAGGACAGCCCCGAGCGGGCGUGUGCUGGAGCCACCGCCUCCCCACAGGCCGUCAGGAGGGACGAGGAGCCGGAUGUGGAAGGAUACGACUCGGACGACUCCACCACGUUGGGAACUUUGGAGUUCAGCCUGCAGUAUGACCAGGAGAACAACGCUCUGCACUGCACCAUCAACAAAGCCAAGGGGCUCAAGCCCAUGGACCACAACGGCCUGUCCGAUCCAUACGUCAAACUGCAUCUUCUACCCGGCGCCAGCAAGGCCAACAAACUCAGAACCAAGACGCUUCAUAACACACUCAACCCCGUCUGGAACGAGACCCUGACCUACUACGGCAUCACUGAUGAGGACAUGGUCCGCAAAACACUCAGGAUCUCGGUGUGUGAUGAAGACAAAUUCCGGCACAACGAGUUCAUCGGGGAAACACGAAUCCCGCUAAAGAAGCUGAAGCCCAACCAAAUCAAAAACUUCAACAACUGCCUGGAGAAACAGUUACCUGUCAACAAGACAGAAGAUAAAUCUCUGGAGGAACGCGGACGCAUCAUGAUCUCCCUCAAGUACAACACCCAGAAGUCCUGCCUAGUGGUGGGCAUCAUCCGCUGCGCUCACCUGGCCGCCAUGGACGCCAACGGCUUCUCAGACCCAUACGUCAAAACCUACCUGAAGCCCGACGAGAACAAAAAGUCAAAGCACAAGACUGCUGUGAAGAAAAAGACGCUCAAUCCUGAGUUCAACGAGGAGUUCUGUUAUGACAUUAAAUAUGCAGACCUCACCAAAAAGACCUUGGAGGUGACUGUAUGGGACUAUGACAUUGGAAAGUCAAACGACUUCAUCGGUGGCGUUUCUCUGGGCAUCAAUGCAAACGGGGAGAGGCUCAAACACUGGUUUGACUGCCUCAAAAACAAGGACAAAAAGAUCGAGCGCUGGCACACGCUGACCAAUGAAUUACCCGGCUCACUAAAUGACUGAAGACCCUCCAAACUCCACCAGAGAGGACUCCACCUCCCGCCUCUCGGCGCCUGAAACGUCUCCUUCGGAAGAGGAAACAGUAACUCCUCCGACGGUGUUCCUCAUCCUUCACAAACACACAAAAGUUGCACAGCUGCUCGUUUAUUUGUCUUCUGACGAAGUAUUGAGUGGGGAUUGCGGUGUUGAUCUUUAAGUCUUUUCAGCUUCUCUGCAUGAUUAGUGAAGAUAAAAACAGCAAACAGGAUCUGUUUGACGAGACCGUCUCGAGCAUCUGCAUAAAUGUCCCUCCCUGAUGCGGCUCUGGCAUGUUCUGAAUACUACACAUACUAAAAAUACUGGAUCAAACGAUGGAUUCAAAUAUUCAUUUAAGAAGAUGCUGCACUUUACAAUGACUAGAAAAGCUUUAGGUGAAGUUACUCUUGAGAACAAUACCACUUAGUCAGUUUUUACUCCAUUAUCCAGUUCAGUUCCGACAUAUUCAAGUUGAGUAAAAGUUGGGGACAAAACUGCUGAAAAAAAAUUCUGAAAUUUUCAAGCUAUUGCAGAGGUUUCCAAUUCUCUCUAUUCAACUGCAGGACUGUGCUUUUAUUUUGAAGGAGCCUUUGUUGCUGAUGAUUUAUCUGAAAAUCCUCCCAAAUCGUCUUUUUUCUUCUCAAUUUUAAAGGGUAACCAAACCAGGAAGUUGGAGGCUGACUCCACCCACAGCCAAAAUUUGAAAUGCAGAUUUUCAAAACUUACAUGGUUUGACCAAUCACAAAAUUCAACUGUAAUACAUCAUUUCAACCUGUAGGGGGCAGCAGACAGAUGAAUUUUGACCAUAACUUUAAGAAUCAAACUGUUUUAUUUCAAUUUGGCAAAAAUUUGGCAUUGACCAACAAACAGCCCUUUUAAAGCCCCAUUUAUAGAUGUCAACAGCCAAACAGUUAAUUUAGGGUUUGGUUACCCUUUAAAUGUAUUAGUAAGUUCUUGUAUAAAAAACACAAUUUAACUUUUUUUUUUUCAAGUUGAGUAAAAGUUGGGGUCAAAACUGCUAAAAAUUAUUUUUAGAAAGUUUUCAAACUUUUGCAAAGGUCCAAUUCUCUUAAUUCAAACCGGUUUGAGGGUUUGCUAACAGUGUUAUUCAGAUUAAGAUGAUUUUCUCUUUAGUUCUCUGAGCACAUUCAGGUGGUCAGACUUCCACCAUCACUGGUCUAUGGAGCCGGCUGAGGGGUACGGGGGCGGGGGGUUGUUGUGAAGCAUCCGCUGAGCAGCAAUCAGGAGCGGGAAAUCACACAGCAGCCACGGAGCGCGUGCAGCUUUUUGUUUACAGAUCAGGAGGUUUGCGGACGGAAACGCCGCCGCCGUGUUUGUGUGGAGUGGAGUUAACAAAACUAACAAUAACGGUAUUAAUCUGAGCAUGUUUACUUGUUUACAGUGGAGUUUGGGCACUAAUCAACGAGCUCUGCAGGACAAGAAGGGCAGACUUUUGAAACCAGUGUGUGUGUGUCGUCACUGUGGUUGCAUUUGUUGGGUUUUCUAAAGCAUAACUGUCUCAGACAGAACGUUCUGGUUUGGGCCUAUUCGGUUCUCUCUGAGUCAUGGACGAACGCCGGCGCUCGGAGGCGUGUCAGACUCUACCUUCACUUUCCGUCACGAGAGCUCGCAGUGUUGGAGCGGCUUGGAUGCAUGCCAUGCAUUUGUGAUUCUGAAGACUUCCAGUUUGACCUUUUCCGCAUGCCCCUCCCGGCACACCCACGCACGCCUUGUAAAUUCCGUCCCAACGGUUUCCGGCCAUCAGGAUUCCUGUCAGGCCUUCCAAUCCAGCUAACAGCUUUCGUGUCGUCACCUCACGCCACUGUAAGUGACUGUUUUUGUAAUGGCGUCAUUUGAAGUCGCGGGACGCGGCGCCGUCGUUCCCACGUUUAAUCUCCCUUACCCUUGGCUUCCACAUCCGUGUGGUCGGAAUGAUUAGAUUCCUUCUCCCUUCCAUUCACUUUGAAGACAAUUUGAUUGUGAUAUCACAGCGCCGCAGCUGGGGGUGGAAACCCUGGGCGCAUCCCAUCAGGCCUUGCAUCUCUUUCUUUAGGUGUUAACCGCCUCUUCGGGCGCAUUGAUUUGUGAGGCACGAGCCGGCCGUGGAACCUUGUGAGCAUCUCAAUCUCCUCCCUCUCCCCACUGGUGAACAUGUGAUGAAGACGACCAACGUGUGGUUUUUGAUUUUGUAACCCGUCUGCUUUUGUAUGCAAGCUCAAUAUUAUCAAGGAAAACAUAAAUGCAUGCGUACGUUCCUAGUUCUUGUCAUGAGAUGACUUUGCCUAAUGUUUGAUACUGUUUUCUGUAUUCAAAAAUAUCUGACUGUGGAUGCUGGGAAACUCUGCUGAAGUCGGUCUUUCUUCUGGACAACAUUUUGUACCUUUUGAGCAUUACUCUCACAUUGCCUGUUUGGCUGCUGUAUUGACUCUCCGAAGGCGUGAAUUGAUGUGAAUUAAAAUCUUUCCUUUGUUGUUUCCUUUUUAACACUCAGGCACUUGUUUUCAUGUUUCUGAAUGAAUGAAUAUAAAUGCAUUGUAUCAAAUUAUAUUUGCAAAAUAGAAAGAA